CUGGAGAUCGCGCAAGGUCCGCAACGUGCGCGAAUGUGCGGCUUUGGCGACAAGGACAGGCGGCCCAUCACACCCCCACCGUGCGUGAGACUCAUCAUCAAAGACAGACAGACUGGAACAACUACACGCAACUUGAUUGGUGCGGUGGUCGCUUCAGCCUUUAAACUGCAAGACACAGAAGACAACCUCGGCAUUUGGUUUGUGCUUUCGGACCUCAGUGUCCGCACUGAAGGCGUCUUUCGUCUCAAGUUUAGCUUCUUCAACCUUACAGCUGAUCAGGAGAAUCUUCUUGACCAAGGCUCCUCAGCCGUGAUCUGCACUGGCUUCUCUGAGCCCUUUACAGUCUACUCUGCCAAGAAAUUCCCAGGCAUGAUAGAGUCGACAGAACUCAGUCGUCGCUUUGCGGCACAAGGUGUGAAGCUGGCCGUUCGC